AUGGAGUUCUGCACACAGAUUGGUAAUCAGCUGAUGCUACAGAAGAUUCAUCAAAAAGGGUUUAGCAAGAACAUAGUCUCCUCUCCACUAUCGAUAUAUGUUGUUCUAAAUAUGGUGGUUGCUGGAUCAACGGGCUCUACUUUGAAGCAUAUGUUGGGCUUUCUUAGGUCCAAAAACAUUGAUGAAAUCCAUUCAAAAUCGAGGAAGAUGAUGGCAAUGGCAGCAAAUGGUGGCGAUGGUCCAAUUUUGAAUAUGGUCAACGGGGCUUGGGUGGAUCAACGUUUUCCUCUGUUACCUAAGUACAAAGAGGAGGUUCUGAAAGGUAUUUUCAAGUGUGAAGCAAACAAUGUUGAUUUUAGAACUAAGGCUGAUGAAGUGGUGGAUGAGAUUAACUCAUGGGCUAAUACUGCAUCAAGAGGUCUUAUCCCAACAAUCAUCGAGUCUGUAUCUCCUGAGACAGUUCUCACCCUUGCAAAUGGAAUUUACUUUAAAGGAAUUUGGAACUCAGACUAUGAAUUUGAUUCAAGCUGGACUACAGAAAGAAAAUUCUAUCUUCUUGAUGGGACCAGUGUUUUAGUUCCGUUCAUGACUAGCAGUAACGAGUAUCAUUACGGAUCGUGUGAUGGUUUCAAGGUUCUUAAAAUUCCAUAUCAAAGUGGGGAACCCAACAGAUUUGCUAUGUACUUUUUUCUUCCAGAUGAGCGAGAUGGGUUGAGAAAUCUUCUAGCGAAGUUUGAUUCCGAUUACGGGUUUCUAAAUAAGGAGAACUUCAAGUUAAGGAAACAGAACCUUGACGAAUUUUGGAUUCCGAAAUUUAAAUUCUCAUUCGGUUUUGAUGUUUCUGAGGUCAUGGAUAACAUGGGGCAAUCGUCGUCUUUUAUUACGAAUCCAAGAGACUUAUCAGAGAUGAUGCAUAAUUCUGAGCAUGUCCCGGGCAUUAACACAAAUAUAAUUCAAAAAGCUUAUAUUGAGGUAGAUGAGAAGGGUACGGAGGCUGCAGCCAUUACUUGUAUGGAUAUUGUAGGAUGUGCAAUGCCUCAGCCGAAAAAGAGUUACUGUUUUGUUGUUGAUCAUCCUUUCCUCUUCAUGAUCAAGGAAGAGAUGUCGGGGUUAGUUCUUUUCACUGGAGCAGUACUCAAUCCAAUCCAAAAGGAUUGACCAGUACUUGUUCUAAUUUUCUUAGAGCAUGAAUGGUUAUUGUUAGUCUAGUUAAUUUAGAUUAUCUUUGUGUUUAAUUUGAAUAACUGGAGUU